AUGGAAAGACCACGAUGGCGUAAAAGACAACCAGAUGACGAAGAUGAUCUAAAUCAUAUUUAUGAUGUUUACAAGGAUCUUUUUACCAUCUACGUUCAUUAUGAUGAACUUGGGUAUGAUGGAACUGAUAAGGAUAUUAUUAAGAUGAUAAGUUAUGUUCCUAAGUUUCAAGAAAUUAAUGUGUAUGUGGAACAUGGGAGUAAGCAAUCAAUUAAAGAAACAAUUGUGGAACAAAAUGUAACAGAAAAAGCAAUACCAAAUGUCAUGAAUUUAGAACAGAAUAUGAAUGUAGAACAGAAUGUGGAAGGUUAUGGCUCAAAUGUAGAAGAGAAUGAAGCAGAUGAAGAAGAGAAUGAAACUGAGGAACAAGAGAAUGAAACAGAUGAAAAAGAGAAUGAAAUUGAGGAACAAGAGAAUGAAGCAGAUGAAGAAGAGAAUGAGAGAGCAGAACAGAGGAAGAUGAUAGUGAGGAUGGUGAUUUUGAACCAGAGAAAGAAAGAGAUGUUGGGGAUGAUGACAAUGAGGAGGAUGAGCAUGUAG